AUGUCUGCAUAUCACAUCGCAGUCUUCACCAUUUUAGUGGGCAUUAUCCGAGGUGCCCCUUUGGCCAACGACGGAAAUCCUGCAAAUGUUACCGAUUUCUAUCAACUGUUCAACAAUCCCGAUGCUCAUUUAUCAUUUGCCAAAGCACCUACCACGAUUGACUUCAUUGAAGAGCAUGGUUACCCAGCCGAGCGUCACUAUGUAACCACUGAAGAUGGCUAUAUUAUCAGUCUCUUCCGGAUUCCCUACUCCCACAACCUACAGAAUCAGGAUGAAAAGCGACCCAUUGCCUUCCUUCAGCAUGGCCUCUUUGGCAGCUCUGAUGUCUGGCCAAGCUUGGGACCGGAUGAUGGCCUGCCAUUCCUCCUUUCCGAUGCGGGCUACGAUGUCUGGUUGGGCAAUGCUCGUGGAAAUAGAUACUCGAAGAACCAUACCUCUCUGUCCCUAAAAAAUCCUAACUUCUGGCGCUUCAGCUGGCACGAAAUUGGAUACUUUGACAUCGCCGCUGCCAUCGACUAUACAUUGUCCACGGAGAACGGGUUGGGUCAGGAGGGCAUUCACUAUGUGGGCCAUUCCCAGGGCACCACAGUGAUGCUGGUUUUAACCUCCUCGCGGCCUGAGUAUAACGACAAGAUCAAGACGUCUCACCUGCUGGCUCCGGUUGCAUUUAUGGAUCACAUGGAUGACAUUAUGGUCAAUAGUUUGUCCCCUUAUUUAGGAUUCAACAACCUAUACUCGACGCUCUUCUGCUCUCAGGAGUUUUUGCCACACAACGAUUUCGUAUUGGCUUUAUUGUAUAAUAUCUGCCGACCGAAUUCAAUUGUUUCCGGUUUUUGCAGCAGCAGUGAGGAGACCACAGAGGACCAAGGACGAACCAAUAAGACCGCCAAUGCUGUCAUAUCUGGAGUCAUGCCCGCUGGGGUAUCCACAGAUCAAAUCCUGCACUACAUGCAGGAGCAUCAAUCGGGAAACUUCCGACAGUUUGACUUUGGCACCAAAAAGAAUAUUAAACUUUAUGGAGAGGAAACGCCGAUACCUGACUAUCCCACUGAGCUGAUUACAAGUAAAAUGCAUCUGUGGUAUUCGGACAACGAUGAUAUGGCUGCUGUGGAGGAUGUCCUCCGAUUGGCGGCCACCCUGCCCAACAAGGUGAUGCACCACAUGGAGGAUGAGCUGUGGGAUCACGGGGAUUUCGCCAACAACUGGGAGGUGCGUCGGUACAUUAAUGAUCCCAUUAUAGCCAUAAUGAACGAAUAUGAGGCUAAUAUAAACUGA